AUGCUAGGAGCCUUUAAAUCAUCUCCUGAUGACGUUAUUCAUAAAAUUUCAUCCCAUAAAUCUUUAAAUCAUUCAAAAGAUAUUAUUUAUUGCAAAGAUUUGUGUGAAUUUUCUAAAGAAGAGAUUUUGAAAAGAUGCCCACCAACAGUAAUUAAUGUCAAAAAAUUCAAAGGAGUAAACAAAGCUAUUUUACUCACAUUUUCAACAUCAUAUUUACCAGAUUAUAUUCAAAGAAAGCACUUAAACAUCAACAUUAAAAAGUAUAAUCCUCGCCCUACUCAGUGCUUUAACUGUUUUAAUUAUGGCCACAUAAAUGAACACUGCACAAAUAAAACUAGAUGCUUCAACUGUUCUGAAUUACAUGAAUUUGACCAUCAAUGUUUGGAAGACACCUUUUGCUUACACUGCACAGGUCCUCACUCUCCUAACUCAAGACAGUGCCCUAUAUACAAACAAGAAAAUGCUAUCAUCAUCACAGCAAAUGAUGAGCACAUUAGCUUUGGUACAGCCAGGAGAAAUUUAUUUGGAAGUAACCCAAAUACAAGGCUAUUUUACAGUAAUGCUGCCUCCAGAUCUUUUGCUGCAAAGAAGACCAGCAUGAAUGAUUUAGCUAACUCCUCCCUUAUUAUGAAAACUAAUAAGAACAUGCCCUUAUCAGAUUCUGAUAGGAAGACUUUGACCCCAGAGACUAGAGAUCCUAUACAAACAAAAAGUCAUUCGGCUAAAAAGCCUCCAACUCAGUUGGACAACCAGUCAACAUUAACAACAACAAACCCUUUUGAGGUGUUGAAUGACGAAACAGAUCAGACAAUAGAUGUUGAAAUGGAGGAAGUGAAAAGAUCAAAGAAUUUUAAAUCAGGUGGUAAUACAUCCAAUGAUGUUGAAUUGGAAGCUGAAUUACUUAUUGAUUUUAAUGCAGAAGGCCGUAAAAGAAAACGAGAUAGUGAAAUCCCUCUCAAGUCCCAAAAAUAG